GUGGGUGUGGGUGCGUGUGCGUGUGCGUGGCAGCGAGCGAGUGGCUUUGAGUGCUGAAGGUUCAGGCUGCAGCUGCAGCCGCGGCGGUGGGCCCGUCGGUUGCCCUGGUGACCGGCUACCCUACCCCCAUCCCGCGUGCGUGCGUGAGCGAGCGCGGGUCCCGGCGCGUCCGUCAAUCAAUCCGUCCGGCUGAGCGCUUCCUCCUCUGUGCACGGGGGGAAAGCGGCCUGAGCUCGUCUGUGCGGCGGCAAGAGGAGGUUGCUUUUGCUGCUGCUGCUGUUGUUGUUGGAGGUGGAGGAGUACACGGAGGCCACCGGGCACAAGAAGUAUGGGCGCUUACCUGUCUCAACCCAACACGGUGAAGAGCUCCAGUGAGCGAUCCACCGACAAAUUCAGCUUCGGCGUCUCAGCCAUGCAAGGCUGGAGGGUUUCCAUGGAGGAUGCCCACAAUUGUAUACCAGAAUUGGAUGGUGAAACUGCUAUGUUUGCAGUCUAUGAUGGUCAUGGAGGUGAAGAGGUGGCACUAUACUGUGCAAAGUAUCUGCCAGACGUUAUUAAGGAUCAACAAGCUUACAGAAAUGGAAAAUUGCAGAAGGCAUUGGAGGAUGCCUUUCUGUGCAUAGACAGCAAGUUGACAGAAGAAGUGGUAAUCAAAGAGCUUGCCCAACUUGCGGGCCGUCCUCGUGAGGAUGAUGGCGAGAAAGUUGCUGAUGAAGAUGACGUUGAUCAUGAGGAGGCUGCACUUUUGCAUGAAGAGGCAACAAUGACAAUUGAAGAAUUGCUCACUCGAUAUGGACAAAACCAGAACAGUCCCAAACUUGCAAAGAGCAAAAUUUCACCCGGUAUUAAGAAACCAUUGUCCAAAGCUGGAGACAAAAACAAAACUGAAAAGGAAAUUAAUGGAGAGCUGCAGAGUAGUGAAGUCAGCGUGGAUGAAACGGAGAACAAAAAUGGAAAAUCCGAAGCAGUGGCAGGAAUCUCAUCAAGCUCUGAUUGUGGGAGAGAGGAAGCUGGGUUGGGGAAUGGGAGCAGCAGCACCGGAUCCAGUUUGGAAAAAGAAAUUGCCGUGCCUGACAAGAGCACGGAAGAGGCCGUAGUGUCGUCAUCCACAGCUGAUGCUGGGCCAUCCUGCUCCUCCUCUGAUAAAUCUCAGCGAGCAACCAAGUCAAUGUUCUUUGAGGACAGUGAGGAUGAAUCGGAAGAAGCAGCAGAAGAAGAAGAAGAGGAGGAAGAUAGUGAAGAGGACUGCAGUGAAGAAGAAGAGGAAUAUAGUAGUGAAGGAGGCGAAGAGGAGGAGGAAGAAGAUGGAGAGGACGAAGAAGAUCAAGAAGAGAGUGAUGAUGCAGAAGAGGAAGAUGACAUUAUGUUGCCUGGAAUGGAUGGUAAAGAGGAGCCUGGUUCUGACAGUGGUACAACGGCUGUCGUGGCACUCAUCCGUGGGAAACAGUUGAUAGUAGCCAAUGCUGGGGAUUCCCGCUGUGUUGUUUCAGAGUGUGGCAAGGCUGUUGACAUGUCCUAUGACCACAAACCUGAGGAUGAAGUGGAACUGGCCAGGAUUAAGAAUGCUGGUGGAAAAGUUACUUUAGAUGGGAGAGUGAACGGAGGAUUAAACCUCUCUCGGGCAAUAGGUGAUCACUUCUACAAGAGGAAUAAGAACCUUCCUCCAGAGGAGCAGAUGAUCUCUGCGCUACCUGAUCUCAAGUUGUUGCCGUUAAGUGAUGACCAUGACUUCAUGGUGAUUGCCUGUGAUGGAAUAUGGAAUGUAUUGAGCAGUCAAGAGGUUGUAGAUUUCAUCAGUGAACGCAUCAACAAGCAAGAUGAGAAUGGAGAUUUGAGGAUGCUAUCUUCCAUAUCUGAAGAGCUGCUGGAUCACUGUUUGGCACCUGAUACAUCAGGAGAUGGAACUGGAUGUGACAACAUGACUUGUAUUAUCAUCACCUUUAAACCACGGCCUGCAAAAAAACAGGCUGACUGCAGCAAGCGGAAACGCCUUCACUCAACAGACGAUGAGAAAGAAAAUGGGAAAAAGACAAAAAAUGAAUAACUUGAAAGGGAUAGGGAAUAAACUGAGACCCAACGUUAUCGUGUAAUUAAAGAACUUGAUAUCGUUUUUUAAAAAAAAUAUAGCAAGCAAUUGCUGGAAAUUGUAUAAAAAUAAAUCUGCAGUAUUGUACAAUGUAGCCUUAGUUUGCCACCCUAGAUUACUGUGUGUCUGAAGCACACUCCCUUUAGCAGCAGUCAGUCCAGGGAUCCUACAUUGUUACUCACAGCCUGUUGGAGACAAAAACAUGUGAAUGAGUUUUUCAUUGUCGGGUGGGAAGGAGGAAAAGUCUGAAAUUAAAUGGGAUCCACGCCUUUUUCAUAGAAUUUUUUGAUACAGGAAAAGUUCACUCCACUAAGCAACUGGAUGCUUCAAAAGUCAUACUUGAUACUUUUCAAUGGCAAAAUUUGAAAUGAUUACCCCCUUGGGGAAAAUAUAAGGAGUGCGAUAGUUGAAUUUGCAUUAACUGAAUUUAUUUCUGGUGAGCAAUUUAAUUGAAUGCAGUUUGUAAACGCUUGACAGUGGGGGUGGGGGGAAACAGUUGCAGUGAGAUUGUUGUCGGUGUUUGUGCUGCCAAUUCUUUUGUAUUGGGGACGAGGAAGAGACGGAGGAUGAUGUGGAGAAAAAUAUUGAGGCUUUGGAUUUUUUUUCAAUACAAUUUUUUUUUUUUUUAAAGAAAAUAUCAGGAGAACAUUAAUGUUUUUGCUAGUAUAUGAAAUUGCAAACAUAAAGGCAGUGUUGGACCUGAAAAGGAUUUCAGCUUACUAUCACUUCCUUUGUUAAGCUACAUAUACUCAAAAUUAAUGUCAAAAGCACCAUAGACUUCUGAAAGGUAUGAGGUCAUAGUAUGAUUUGAAGCUAUGUGAAUGCUGGACCUGAAAGCAACUUUCAACCACUUUUAUAUAUUAAAAGAAAACAUGGGUUUUAAAUUUUUUUUUUUUAAGGUUUUUUCAAUUGCAUUUGGUAUAUUAUAUAAUCAGAGUACUGUUGUUUGAAAACCUUGACAACAUGCAUUACUGUUCAGUUUCUAUAUAAUUUGGUCCACAACUAAUACAUCCAAAUGCUGAUUGCAUUGUUAAUGCAGGAUUAAUUCCCCUUGUUGCUUUGGGCUUUGUGCUGAAAUCCAUUUAAAAUCUAAUUUUCAUCUUCAAUAUUUUUUUUUAAGUCUCAAGGUAAGGGCUUCAGUUUUGUUUCAAUAAAGGGUCAUGGAUUUAUAUCCUUGCUUCACUUUAAUACAAGCUGAUGGCUCAGUUGGGAUGAGAAAGGCAAGAACAUGUUCAGCAGUCCAAACAGCACCCGUGGAGAGAGAAACUGCCAGCAUUUUUGGGUCAGUGACUUUUCAUUGGUUCUGAUCAAUGGCCAUCAACCUGAAACAUUAUUUUAGUUUCUAACUCCACGGAUGCUUCCUGAGCUGUUAGGUUUUUACAGCUACAACAUUCUAUUUUGUAUUUCUACCAUCUGCAUUUUUUUGUUCAUUUUCUUCUUUCUCGAAGACCAAGAUGUGGAUUGACAUGGCUGUUCACCAUGACCACUCCAAUCUUUUUUUUCUUUUGUGGACCAUUAGGCGUCAUGUACCGACCAGCAGGCACUCCAGCAUUUCAGCUUGGUUUACUUAACACGGUUUCCCUUUUUUUAUAGAAGCUGGUAUCACCAUGUGUUUAUGGUAAUAUUGCAGCAAUAUUUGUAAUGCCAGUUUUCAUGGAAAUGUACUCUGUUUCAUCCAAGUAAAGCACUAUGAUUGACUGAUAA